ACAGCAAACAACAGAGAGAGCUCUGUAGGAGCUGUUGUCGUUCGAAACGGAACGGAACGGAUAGGUGGGACCGAAGACAGAGGAGAAGAAGUGCUAGUAGCAGUGGGGAAGUAAUUCUCUGAUUUAUUAACUGGAAACUAUUUUUGGAAAGGCAGAGCGUUUCCUUUCGUCUCUGGUUCUGUCUGCGGAACAAGUGUCACCAGCAACAGACGGUUCUGUUGCAUCAGUUUGGCCGUAGGUGACCCCCACCCCUCCGCCAAAAUCCGGCUGUUAGAUGUGACCACGAGGUUGAUUAGGAGAACCCACCAUGUCUUAAGCGCGGACGGGCCCUCCGGAGCCCUGUCCCCCCACUCUGGACCGCCCACCCCUUCCCCCAUCCACCACCUCGCCCCUUCCCCCAUCCCGCUCCCGGACCUCCCUGCACAUGCAAGGGACAGGCUCCCCAGCCCCGGCUCCUCGCUGGCACACCCCUCCCCUCCCCCCCUAGAGAUGAGCCUGCAGAAGCACCGGCAGCUGGCGGGCGGGGUGAUGGGCUCCGACCGGGACCUGCAGUCCACCACGUCCUCCAUCUCCCUGCCAUCUGUGAAGAAGGCCCCAAAGAAGAGGCGCCUCUCCCUGGCCUCUCUUUUCAGACGGCGGGGUCGGGAGUCCAAAUCAGCGUGCCAAAGGUCCAGAGAGCUGCAGCACCCUGGACCCUUGGGGCUCGGAGGGGUGGACGGCAUCGCCAGCAUCGAGAGCAUCCACUCUGAGAUGUGUAACGACAAGAACUCUGCCUUCUUCUCUGUGGCUGGGACCGGAGCUGCCUCUUCUGCUGCUGCUGCCUCCACCUCAUCUGCCUCAGGGCCUUCCUCCUCCACCGCCUCCUCCAAGGUGGGGGGUGGGCUGGCGGCAGAGCUGCUGGAGUGCCCGCUGUGCCUUCUGCGCCACACCAGGGAGAACUUCCCGGACAUCAUGACCUGUCCUCACCGCUCCUGCAUCGACUGCCUACGCCAGUACCUGCGCAUCGAGAUCUCGGAGUCACGCGUCAACAUCAGCUGCCCCGAGUGCUCGGAGCGCUUCAACCCGCACGACAUCCGCUUGAUCCUGGGUGACCGGGCGCUCAUGGAGAAAUACGAGGAGUUCAUGCUGAGGAGGUGGCUGGUGGCCGACCCCGACUGCCGCUGGUGCCCCGCGCCGGACUGUGGGUACGCAGUAAUCGCUUUUGGGUGCGCCAGCUGUCCCAAGAUCACAUGCGGCAGGGAGGGCUGCGGCACGGAGUUCUGUUACCACUGCAAGCAGCUAUGGCAUCCCAACCAGACCUGUGACGCCGCGCGGCAGCAGAGAGCCCAGAGCCUCCGCCUGAGGACGGUCCGCUCGUCCUCCCUCAGCUACAGCCAGGAGAGCGGCACUGCAGCCGACGACAUUAAGCCGUGUCCGCGGUGCGCCGCUUAUAUCAUCAAGAUGAACGACGGCAGCUGUAACCACAUGACCUGCGCCGUCUGCGGCUGCGAGUUCUGCUGGCUCUGCAUGAAGGAGAUCUCGGACCUGCACUAUCUGAGUCCGUCAGGCUGUACUUUCUGGGGGAAGAAGCCAUGGAGCAGGAAGAAGAAGAUCCUUUGGCAACUGGGAACACUGGUGGGCGCCCCCGUCGGCAUCGCACUCAUCGCGGGCAUAGCCAUCCCCGCCAUGAUCAUCGGCAUCCCCGUGUAUGUGGGGAGGAAGAUCCACAACCGCUACGAAGGCAAAGAUAUCUCCAACCACAAGAGGAACCUGGUGAUCGCUGGUGGAGUGACCCUCUCUGUCAUUGUGUCUCCGGUGGUGGCUGCAGUCACUGUCGGCAUCGGAGUUCCCAUCAUGCUGGCCUACGUCUACGGCGUGGUGCCCAUCUCCCUGUGCCGUAGCGGAGGCUGCGGCGUCUCCGCUGUGAACGGCAAAGGAGUUCGCAUAGAAUUCGACGAUGAGAAUGACAUGAAUGUCGGCAGCGGGGCGGCUGCUACCGAUACUACGUCAGUGGCAGACACCAGGAACAACCCCAGCAUAGGCGAAGGCAGCGUCGGGGGGCUGACGGGCAGCCUGAGUGCCAGCGGCAGCCACAUGGACCGCCUGGGGGCCAUCAGGGACAACCUGAGCGAGACAGCGUCCACCAUGGCCCUGGCCGGGGCCAGCAUCACCGGCAGCCUCUCCGGCAGCGCCAUGGUCAACUACUUAAACAGGCUGGAGGUGCAGGCCGACGUGCAGAAGGAGCGCUGCAGUCUGAGCGGCGAGUCUGGAACCGUCAGCCUGGGCACAAUCAGCGACAACGCUAGCACCAAAGCAAUGGCUGGAUCCAUUCUUAACGCCUACAUGCCCCUCGACAGAGAUGGGAACAGUAUGGAAGUCCAGGUUGACAUUGAAUCUAAACCCGGCAAACUGCGGCACCACAGCGGCAGCAGCAGCGUCGACGACGGCGCCCUCGCGGGCCGCUGCGGCUGGGCCUGCUCCUCCAGCGGCUGCGCUUCCUCGGACGGCAAGGGAGCCUCCGCCAAGUGGGCCAAAGAGGCGUCCUGCUCCUCCUCCUGCAGCUCAGGGGGCAGAAAGAGCAAAGGCAAGCUGCGCAAGAAAGGCGGCGGGGGCACCAAGAUCAACGAGACGCGCGAGGACAUGGACGCCCAGCUGCUGGAGCAGCGCAGCACCAACUCCUCGGAGUUCGACUCCCCGUCGCUGAGCGGCAGCCUGCCGUCCGUGGCCGACUCCCACUCCAGCCACUUCUCCGAGUUCAGCUGCUCCGACCUGGAGAGCAUGAAGACGUCCUGCAGCCACGGCUCCAGCGGGGGCGACUACCACACGCGCUUCGCCACGGUCAGCCCCUUGCCCGAGGUGGAGAACGACCGCCUGGAGACCUGCCCCGGCUCCUCGUCCUCGCCGCAGGGACACGGAGCUGUCGUCGCCCCCCAAUCCCCCACCUCCACCACCUCCACCACCUCCUCCCUGGGCCACGGCGUGGAGCUCUCCCCUCUCUGCUUCAUCACGGCGGAGAAUGUCAACCUGGUGUGCCCUGCUGAGCUGGACUCUCACAGCAACGCCAGAGAGCUGCUAAAAGAAACCAACAACAACCACCAACCGCCUCACCCGACCCAAACCCAGCAGCAGCAGCCCAAGAACUCCUGCAUACAGACCGACAUCUGAAAUCUCAAUUAUCUGCUGCACAGAUGAUAUUUUUCGUUAACAUCUUUUCCUCCACUGAACUAACGAUCACAACUUUCAGUUUAAUCUGCGUUUUAUUUUAUUCCCUGAGUAAAACAGAGAUCUGUGUGUCCACUGACGGCCAGAUGGCUCUUUGGAAGUAAGGCAGCCAUGUAAGAAACAUUAAGGUCAUGAACGCUGGUGUUUCUCCCUGUGCGACCCGCCCGAUGCUUCUCUUUUUUUGACGGUUCACUCACUCGCCACUUGUAACGGAGACGGCCCACUGAUUGGGUCGCUGUCCUAUCGGUGUGCGUGGUUGUUCAAACAAAACCACUGUGCCGGUUCUUUGCUAGUGUUUUUUUUUUUUUUUGGGCUCUCCCAUGCGGAUGCAACACCAUGCGGGAAUCUUAAUGUUACAGCUUUCCAGAAGCCAACUCAAAACAGGGUCCAGGCAAUAUGAUUCACUAUUUCCUUUUGUUUUUUAUUUCUCCCCUUCCAAAUGUAUUAGUAACAGAAGAACCUUUGUGUUCUUGUCUGUAUUUAUUUUUAGACGUCUUUUUUUCCCCCAGAUAUUUGUUUGAAAUGAACCCUACAAGGUAUAAUUGUAAGGCCUGGGCUUAACAUCCUACAUCAUUUUAGCGCUAAAACCAGCUUGUAACACAAGUGAGAUUCUUUAGAAUGAGAGAUGAUAUUCUUAUCAGCUCUCUCUAGUGACCACAGAGUUUACACCUGUGGCUGAUGUCGCCAAAAACCCUCAGUGUGCGUGUGUGUUUCUUUUUUUAGCGCUAAAAUGACUCGGAGAAACCAGGCCUCGUUAGGUUUCUGUGAUGAUGUGUUGGGGGGGGGUGUUAAUUUGAGAGAGCGGUCUCUGGAAGGCCACGGUUUUCAAAGAUAAUGCUGAAAGUCAUUAUAUUAAGAAAUUAACCAAUGGGUUGGUUCAAUUCUGUGAAAUUGUAUAAAAGAAAAUGUUUUUGUCCUGUUCAAAGGUGAUUUAUUCAGGCUGAUGGCCUCGCCUCACCGAGUAAGAGAGAGCUCUGAUAUCUUUCUUCGUUAACUCAUGGUGCCUUCAAGAAGCUGUUUGUGUUCUCUGCGUUUGUUUCCACUGUGUCUUCACCACUCAUUCUAGGUUGCAGACCGUCUUGUCUGUGUAGGAGGGACGCUCAUUCUCACACACACACACACACACACCAUUCAUACUGUGGUAGACAUGGUAAAUGAAGACUUUUCAAUUGCCUACCAAAGACAGCACUCAGGCUCUUGUUAAAUCGUAUACCUUUGAAUUGUCCCCGUAGACCCAGUAUAGCGCGUCCUUUUGUACACCGCGGGGGACGAAUGAGGACAAGCCCCAGGACUGUACGGACAUACAGACUGCUGUUUUUCUACAUGCGCCACAAAUGCUACGCAAAUAUCCGAGGCUGGCGAACGGCCUCGAGACACCUGCACUGUUACCUGUAUUUCUUAUAACAUCGAUGUUCUGCAAUGCACAAAGUUUAAUCGGGGUGGGUGUGUUGGUUCUGGGUUCCUCCUCCAUGUUGAUUUUUCCCGCGUUUCCCCGUUUGCGUUGCCGACCGGUGCUGCUCAGCAGACUUUGACGUCAAAAUCCGUUUUCAAGCACUUUAGUGUGUGCUUUAAGCCUGUCUUCUCUGCUCAGUGGUCGGCUUCGUCGAGGCCACUGAGUCGGCUCAGGUGAACCUCUACCAGGUAGGUGAAAGCACCUUGAAUGCUAUUUUGACCCAUGUCUGUUACCGAAUGUACACCGAGUCUGGUUCCUCCCCCAUAUUAAAAGCAAAAUGCCGUUUUUUUGUUCUCUCUCCUCGGGUUCGGUUACUCAAUCCUUCACCAAAACUCCAGUUUCUUGAUCCUAAUUUGAACACUAGUGCCAGAUAUAAUUUGUCAUUUGUGCAGAAUGGCAUACGGUAUUUGUAUAUUUGUUUGGUAAUUUGCUUUACUAAAUGCGUGUAAAUGCAUAUCAGAAAAAUAAAAAAAUCUAAAUGAAA